AUGGUCUUCACAGAACCAGCCCCAGGCCGUUCGUGCUUGCCUUCUGCCAGGUGUUGCUUUCACCCCCCCCGGCAUGUUUCAACCGGCCCAGAGCGAGAGAGCCUAACGAGCACAUGGCACUUGAGGAACACGCGAAUCUCCAAGGUUCGGUGCGUCCGUCGAAAUGUCUCGGACAACGAUCCAGCACUCGGACUGCUGGCUGAAGGUGGCAACGCACGUGCAAGAGGACUCGGACGUCUUCAAGGUGGUCGUUCCAAACCUGGACCUCGCAAGCCGGCUGUGGACAUCCGCCGAAGUCAAGAAGACGAAGGCAAUUCCUUUGGACAGGUCCUGUCUCUGUUGCUAGCUUUGUGGCUCGGAAGAUUCGUGCUCGAAAUGAACCUUUUUGGGACUGAGGGCACAUACUAUGUGAGCAGUCGCUCACUUGUUGCUACAACUGUUACACAAGGAGGGCGAGCAACAACCAACAUUCAAGAGAAUGCAGAGAUACGCACCAAUCUGUGGAAUCCGGCAUCGCCAGGGCCUCUUAGAACAAUGCCCUUCACGGUCUCGUUUUCACCUUGA